CUCAACCCACAAAACCUGGUCUGCAUACAAACCUAAUUCGGUUCUUAAUUAAUUUCUUGGGAUGGUUAAGAUAACAAUAGUUGGAAGGGUGAUUGAUGGGCUGCCUCUUGCGCAAGGGCCUAGGUACGUGAGUGAAGAGAAUGAUAAUUUCUUAUGUUACAAGCAACAAGGUGAGUUCAUACUCAAAGAAAUCUCAAGAGGAGCCUUGAUACCUUCCAUGAUGACCAUUCGCAUUGAUCAUCACUCUCUCAACUACUUGAUUGGGAAUGGUGUCUGCUUCAUGACAUUAUGCGAUUCUUCAUAUCCAAGAAAGCUAGCUUUCCAUUAUCUACAAGACUUGCAAAAGGAGUUUGAGAGAUUGGACAAUAGCCUAGUUGAGAAAAUUACAAGACCAUAUAGUUUUGUUAAAUUCGAUGGUGUUAUUGGGAGUAUUAGGAAGCAGUAUAUAGACACGAGAACUCAGGCUAAUCUAUCGAAGCUAAAUGCGAAUCGAAAAAAAGAUUUAGAAAUCAUUACAGAGCACAUAUCAGAAAUUCUGCAAAGAAAAAGAAAUUCAGAAAUCUCCGAAAGACUACCGGCAACGACUCCAAGAACAGCCUCUCCUAUCUGGGGUUCUCCCCUGCUAGAGGUGAUUGCACUGAAAUGGACACCAAUUACAACCAUUGUUGCAGUUGCUGCUAUCCUGUUAUGGGCAAGCCUAGUUCUCACAGAUAAUUUUAUCAUCUAGAACUCAUGAAAGAGUUCAAGCUAUACCAUGAAAAAAAUAAUCAUCAUCAGAAAUCUUAGUGGACAACGUCCGUUUAUAAAAUGAUCCAUCAAUGUCUGUAAAUAUUUUUUUUAUGCACAAAAAAUUGUCUUGUGCUUGAUUAUGUAAUGCUUUGAAUCAUCAUCUUCUUUGUGAACUUGAGCACUAAUCAAUGCGAGUCAGUACCUACUUAGGAAUAUUAUAUUCGUUCUAAUCUCCAAUGCACAUUAAUAAAUCCCAGGAUUAGGCAGAAAAACUUUGAUUCCUCCAUUUACAGCCCUACGCCUGUGCUGGCAUUAGUGCCGGUAUUGAAUUUUUAGUUCUGAAUUUAUCAAAAGUCAACGGAUAUAAACGCUUUCAAUAACAUGGAUUAUUCUCUUCUUGCACUUGUUUGUUCAUCUAAUUUAUUACUUGCAGCAGUCCUAAACCCUUUUGAGUUUUUCCUUUGUAUCAAAUGUUUAAGGUAAGGUUUUGUUACUGUCUUGAGACAGAAGAAACGAAGAUAGAGGAGACACAUAUCCAUGUACCUCUUGGAACAGGGAGAUCCAGAGGGAUAGCUUGAGAAGUUUAUGUCCUCUAACCAAACAUGUUUAUGUCUUUUUGUAUAUGUACCUUCUAUCUCGAGACACCAACUAAACAGAACUUGCAUCAUCAAGAGACAAGAAAUUGACAUAUUCUUUAUUCUUGAAACAAUCAAAGUGCCUCCAAAAGCAACUCCAUGGAAGAAUAACCACAAAUUCAACAAUUGCUAAAGCCUAUUACAUUAUCUACACGCCUGGUUUUGAGGAAAGAACUGGAAGGGGCCUAGCUAGCUACAAAUUCCUUUCCUGCAGGCCUUCUUAUUUGAGUAUCAAUCAUCUUCUUUUUUCUUCUUUUUUGUAUAAUCAGAAGUUAUUCUUCCUUGCAGUUGCUUUUGGGAACUAAGCCCUCAUAUGUACAUCACAUCACCAAUAUUACGGAAGUUGAAUUCACUACAUAAAUCCUCUCCAGAGCUAAAAUCAAACUCAUUUCCUGGACUCUGGCUUUCAAAUUUGAAUUCUGAACUAAAAAUGUCGCCGCUCGAACCAUCGCUUAGAGAAUUUUGAUAGUCGCCACCAAAUGCUCCUUCUUCCAGUAAGUAAUGAUGCAUGAAACUAGUGUCUUGGAAACUUGGAUUAUGAUCGAAUGUACUCUUUGAAACCACAGGCUCACCUGAACUUGCAAAGCUGUCAAGUGAGAGCCACUCAGCAAACAUAACCUUUGGUAAUAAGGAGCUUCUGUUGGGUUCUUUAAGAGAGUCGAACAUCCGUGGAAGUACCGGCCGGUCGAUAUCAGUUGAUGGUUUUUCCAUAUUCAUUGACGAUUCAGGACUUUGCAUUUUAAGCCUUUUGGGAGAGGGUGAAAGAUCCAUAUUGUCUGAGUUUGAGCUGGCAGAUUGAGUCUUAUUAGGAGAUUCCAUUCCUUCAGCUUUGAACAACUUUUUCUUCAAAUAGGAAUGCCAAUGGUUCUUUAUCUCAUUGUCUGUUCUUCCAGGCAAAUGCUGUGCAAUUUGAGACCACCUAGUCAUUCCAAUACAGAUUGUCUCCAUAUAUCAGUUCCUCUCUAUGAAUACAAAGGAAGGUAAUAAUGCAGUGGUUAUGACAAAUUCAGAAACACAAAUCCUAUGGUGCUUCGGGCGCAUUGAAUUCAAGGAUUUUAAAUGGAAUCAUAUUCUAGUUUCCUUGCA